ACUGUAAUAUGCUUUAACACACACAGGUCUGCCACUGCCAUUAACAUAAUGCUGUUCGAUCUACUUGCUGUCUUAGGGCUGUUGUCCCUCACUUCUAGUCAACUAUCUCAACAGUAUCACUUCGUUAAUAUCAGAAAGAACUGGAUUGAGGCUCAGAGGUUCUGCCGUGAGAAGUUCACUGACCUGGUGACUGUGCAAAAUGGAGAUGAAACAAAGAGCAUGUUAAAGACCAUAACUGAUGUUUCAAAUGAUGUGUACAUUGGACUUUACAGAAAGGAAGGGUUCAGUUGGCAUUGGUGUAUGCCAGACACUUUCUACAAUGCAAAAACACUUCAAAACCUGAAAAAGGAACAACCAGAUGACAAAAAUAAAGGAUGCACUGGAACGGAUAACUCUAACUCAGAAAGACAAUUUGUGUGCUAUACUGCAAGAAACAACACGCAAAUCCAGAUUGAGAAGAAGGAAUCCGAGAGCGGUGCUCAACAAAGUUGCAAAAACUUAACAGAUUUAAUAAAUUCCACAAUCAGCUCAGAAAAUCCUAUUUUAAUUGUACCGAAUUACUACAGCUGGACUUCCAUAACAAAUGAUGUGUGGAUUGGACUGUUUAAAGAUGAUCGCUUGUGGUUGGAUCAGAAAAACUCUUGCUUCUGUGCCUGGAGUUUGAGUCAAGAAAAACACAACAGCAGUUCCAAUAACUGUAAAUGGAUUGUAAAUGAACAAGGGAAAUGGAAUGACGCUCAGUGCAACGACACUCUGUCCUUCAUCUGCUAUGGGGAUCUGAAACCAACUGCUAAGCCAGAUCCAUUGCCAACACCAACAUCUGGACAGAAAACAACCACUUCUGGAACAACAACACUGCAGGACAGGCCAACCCAAAACACAAUCGAGGGGGAAAAUACAAACAUUCAAACAACCCAAAUGCUCUCUACAGGUCAAGAACAAGAUAACUUGAUUCUGGUGAAUGAUAAUCUGACAUGGACUGAAGCUGCGAGUUACUGCAGAAAGCACCAUGUGGAUCUGAUCUCCAUUCACAGUGAGGAGCUUCAGAACAGGGCAACGAGGAAAGCCAUCCAGGCCUCCUCUUCUCAUGUGUGGAUGGGUCUCCGUUACACCUGCCGCUUCAAUUUCUGGUUCUGGAUAAAGAACAGAGAAGCAGGCUGCUACCAGAACUGGGCAUCUGGUCAUGGCCCACAUGGUUUUGCGGAAUGUGGGCUGUCAGGAGCUAUGGAGUCCACUGGGGCUCACCGAUGGUUUGGGAGGCUUGAAAGUGACAGACUCAAUUUCAUAUGCCACACUUGUGCAGGCUGACAAUUAUGUGAGGAAUUUUAUCCAUAAAGCAUGAUGGAAGGCUGUGGAAAAUCUGCUUUCUAAGCACUGUUAUUUGACCCUAAACAAUUUAUUUGAUAUAUAUUGUGAGAAUUACAAGGACAAAAAUAUAUGACUGUUAAUAAUAAUAGAAUAAUAGU